AUGCCCACCUACGCCCCCAUCGUCACCGAGCUACGCGACGAGCUCCUCCGCGAAGUCGACGAUCUCGACACCGCCGUGCGCAACGCCCUCGCCCACGACAUCCCAGACAUGAAAACCUACGGCAUCACCUCCGGCAAAGGCUUUCUCGAUUUCGCAGACUGGCUGGUGCGCGGCUGGAUCCCCACCGAGAGCACCAACGGCCGCGACAUCUACUACAUCCUCUGUAUCUUCUACUUCGUGCUGGCCCAAGAACCGUUCGGCGUGCGUCAGACGUCCAUUCUUCCCAAGAAUGUGAAUAAGCCGCUCACGCCGCUCUCGGACUGGCUGGUGCGCUAUGCCAAGGCGAUUGGGAACUUCAUGGAUAAGCCCGAGUCGUGGAACGAGACUUCCUUGACGAGUUAUCGAAAUUCUCCUCGAUUCCGUGUGUUUGAAGCUGAAGAUCCAAAGAAUUGGACGACUUUCAAUCAAUUCUUCUAUCGCAAGCUCAAGGAACCCCGUGAAAUCACCUCACCGGAAGAUGAUCGCAUCAUCACCUUCCCUGCCGAUUCCACUUUCGCCGGUGCCUUUUUCAUCACCGAUGAGUCCGAGGUCGUACUCAAGAACCUCCCUUGGAAAGUAUCAGACUUGCUCGGCCCAUACGGGAAACAGAAAGUUCCAAACCUCGACGACAAAACUACAUACGGAGAAGUGUUCCAAGAAGGAAUUUGGACACAUUCUUUCCUCAACACCUUUGAUUAUCAUCGACAGCACGCUCCCGUCUCUGGAACCGUCGAGGUCAUCGAUGUGAUUGAAGGUGCUGCCUAUUUAGAGGUACUCGUCGAGACAGACAAGAAAGCCGGAGGACACAAUUACCUUGCCCCUCGCCGUCGCAUUUCCCCUCGUAUGAAGAAGCCAGAGUCCAACGGAGUCACCACACUCGACGCUCCUGAUUCACCCGGCUAUCAAUUCUUGCAAACCCGUGGAAUCCUCAUUAUCAACAAUGAAAAGUUGGGACGGGUAGCCGUCAUGCCGAUUGGCAUGGCGAUUGUUUCCUCUGUCAACAUGAACAUGGAACUAAAGGGCAAGAAAAUCAAGAAAGGAGAUGAGAUUUCGCAUUUCGCUUUCGGCGGAUCGGAUUGCGUCAUGAUGUUUGAGCAGAAGGCUAGAGUGUCCAAUUUCCCGGAUUUGGAGGCGGGCGAGCAUUUCUACUAUGGCGAGAAACUCUGCAAAGCUCAUUACAAAGAUAAUGUUCCACCUCAUCUCAAGAACUAA